AUGAGUGACUAUUUGCGGUUUGUUCACCAUCCAAACGUUGAAGCCUUUUCACAUGCUCCAAAACAAAUCCCACAGUUAUCUUGGUCAACAGUAAACAACAACACUGACUGUGGUAUUUUUACUAUGCGUCACAUGGAGACAUUUAUGGGUGGAAACAUUAGAGAUUUCAAAACUGGCUGCAAGUCAGAGUCGCUUGCACAGGACAACCAAUUAUCUAGACUACGGGUCAUAUAUCUUUGCAAAAUAAUUAAUUCUGACUACAACCUGCUUACGGAUUCAAUCCUUCAUCAGGUAGCGGAAUUCCAAAAGCUGUCUGCACCUAACCGACAACAAAUAUUGAAAGAUGAUGCAACCAGGAUACAUGACAGGCUGAUUGAAUUUGGUUAA